CCCUGGCCACGCGAAGUCCGCCACAGAGCCAAGCACAAAGCCACAGAAGCCCAGCUCUUUGCGGCGAAUUACAAGGCAUCCCGCACGCCGCAGCAGCAGCCACCGCCACUGGACACCUCAGUAUACAGGCCCAUGACUGCGCAGUUGCCGGCGUCGACCUCGGUACUGGCUUCUGCGCCGCCCCCGGGCCAGCCUACCGUUCCCGGUCCGGCAGAUCCACAAACACCAGUCAUGCUCCCGAAGUCGUCGAGCACGGCCACCGUCAAUCGCCCUCAUGAGCAAGCGUAUCCGGACCCUGCACAUCAGUACGAACCAUACACAUACCCUGCGCCGUCGGCCGAGCAUCCGUCGCAUUAUGCUGACACGUCGAAGAGGUCCCGGCACGCAAACCAGGGCGCUCAGCCGUCUGAAAGGGCCCAACAGCCUAGCUAUGGCGAUUCUGGGCAUGCUAACGCGCAUAAUGGCGGCACAGCUCCCAGUUAUCUUCACCCUGUGCAGCAGGCUAUCCGUUCCGUCGAAGGUAUCACACGACCGCCCUCUACCCGCCCUGGAGCAAAGGCGUCUUCUGCGAGCGUUCCGACUGCACAAGCACCAGUUGCAAAUACGAGGGAGUAUGAUCGAUCCUACACGCAGAAGUCGGCCGUUCCUGGUUCUAGCACCUAUGGUCAAGCAACGGGACAGCAGCCGCAAUCUACGCCGCAAUAUUCGAGCUCGGAUGUGCGCCUUCCCGGCGCUUAUCCUUCGUCACCAGCAAAUGCACCACAGCAAUACAUGCACCCUGGUGGUGGGCCUAUGCCUGGCUCUUAUGGAAUUCCAGGUGUAGCGAGGACGAAUACCUCUCAGACGGACGAGAAGACCCCUCGGGCGCGGCCAGUGGAAUUGUCAGUCCAGUAUCAGACGUCAACCUUCCCUCCUGCGCAGAACGGGGCCUCGCAUGAUUCUGCGAAGAUGGCUUCUGUACUUCCUCCUACUGCGCACUCAAUCACCGUAGCGCAAGCAACGUUCACGCCCGCUCGUCCACCUGAUGUCAAGGCACAAUGGUCGAACACUUUCCCUGGAGGCGUAUCCUCGCCACCCUCGGCACGUUACGCUGAUGCGCGGCCGACUCAAGAUGGACAUGUGAAUCAACAGGGUGCUGGAGGUCACUCCCCUGGACGCCAACCUCAGAGUUAUGUCGGUCGUUCUCCGGGCGUCGCGAGUACAGCACCGCUCGAUUCAACGCCCAGGCAAUAUUCGGCGUCUCACUUGCCUGCGCACAGAAACGGGUCGACCGAUACGAUUCAACAAAGUGGUGCUUCGAAAUACUCGCCCAGCAUUCAGCCUAACCAACAAACAUUAAACCAUCGCACUAGCGUUGGCAGCCUUCAACCUCACGCCUCCUCACGUCCGGACAUGACCCCAACUGCACGACCUGCUAACGUAUUGUCAGGAUACCCAGAACCGCCUACUCGAUACCGCUCGCCUGCUCCGAUACCAAUACCGUACCGUGCAUCAUCUACAGCUCCCAAUCCAUCGACUCCUGCGUCUCAGUCAUACAACACACAACCGUCCUCCAGACCUGCACUCCCUACUAGUCUUUCUGCGCCAGCGCAUGAGUCGUCCUAUUUGUCUCCGAGAGGGGCCUCACUCUCGAUGGCACAAUCCCAACCAGCAAACACUCGCGGAUACCAUCAGCCACCGUCCACGGACUAUAGUGCACGUACACAGGAUGCCUACAACACCUCAGGGCAGCGUCCGCCUCGCUCCGCGCCACCCUUGGCGCCGACAGUGAACACCAAGCAGCAUUAUGAUGUCUCGUCUCCUGCGAAUCCGUCGUCCGUAAUCCCGCCAUCCUCUGCACCGCCACGCUCUAGCACAUUCCCACACAGCAGACUCGUCGCCCGCAGGAGUCAGGCACCGUCCCUCCUACGCAUCACUCUCGCGCUGCCUCUGAGCCUCACUAUCCAGCGAGUGCAACCCGUCCUCCGUUGACUGUUCAAACGAACACGGCGCAUACGAAGAGUCGCUCAGCCACGCAACCUGCUCCAGCUGCCUCGGAUCAGGAUCUCUGCUCACUCCUUCGUCCUUGGCACCGUCGAUGCUACCCCGCCAGCACUCGAACGCUUCGAGCUUCCUCCCCCCAGGGUCUCGAGGCGCAGAGCAGAAGCUGGCCAAGGACAA